UUUGAAACAGUCAACUCUCUACUGGUUCUCACACCUGAAUGAUACCAAGGCUGACGGUUUUAUAUAUCUACCUGAAUUCCGAAUUGACUUGGCUCCACACUGCAGAAGAAGCAAUGAUUUCCAAGCCUCCCAUGCAAGAAUCAAGAAUUUCUACUUUGCUGCUGAGUGUUCAGAUGAGAUGAAUUAUUGGGUUGGACAAAUGUUACUGUUAGCAUACGGUUCCUCCUUUGGAGAUGCAGCUGCCAAUGAAGAAUACAGACGUAUAGGUGCUAUCAUUUACGCAAACUGUAUUUUGGCCCUGACAAGAGAAUUUCCUGUGAUUCGGUGUAACACUUGCCACCAUCCAACUACUAUUGUUUCCGUGAGUCCAACCUUCCAAUACAGAUGUGCUCAAGACGUCUCUGAUGAGUUCAUCUAUUUUCGUCCAAUUGACGCAGAAGUUCGGGAAGAGGCCAGAAAACAAAAACAUCGGAAAUCAACCAGGGCCUCUCAUCGACACACCAGAGAAGAACACAGUUGCCCACAAACACCAAGAAAUCUGUGGCUGGAAUCUCCAGAAAAUGCAGAGUUCCAAGGAGGUGAUGAUUUGGAAGUAGCAAGAAGCAUGUAUCCUUUUAGAGAAAGACCCAUCCUCCGGCGUUCCUGGGAAGAGCUCUUAGAGGCACCACUGAACAGUGAAGGACUCCACAUACUCCAAACUACUCCUACAGAAGAGAGAGAGAUUGACUACCUCCAGCUGCCACCAGAGGAGGAGAAUCAAGCAACCACUUCGCUGAGGGCUCACCAUCUCCAAGCUUUGCAAGGACCUUUCCCACUGCAUCCUCAGCAUCCGAAGCUCCAGAGGCAGCGUAGUCACAGCUUGCCACGAUACAGUGAUGUCAGAAGCCGAAGACUAAAUGCACCUGAGUUAACAUUAAACCCAGAGGAGACAUGGUUCUUCUUCCCAAGUGAUCAUACUUUGCUUCCAGGAGAAAAUGCAAAGGAAAGUGACAGCAUUGAAGAGGCUUGGCAGAAGACCAUUUUGUCAGCUUCGGGUGAACAUCCUCCUAUCAAUCCAAGUUUUGAGAAGUCUUCUGCAAUGAGGGAUAAAAUUGGAAUUCCUGGAGAUAAUACUAGACUUCCCAGGGGCAAUGUUAGAGUUUCCAGGAAUAAUGUCAUCAUCCCCCAGAUUAAUGUUGGAGUUCCCAUGGGUAAUGUUGGGGUUUCCAUGAAUAAUGCUAGGAUUCCCAUGGAUAAUACUGCAGUUACUUUGGAUAAUUCUAGAGUUCCCAGGGGCAGUGGUGGUGUUCCCAUGGGUAACCUUGAAGUUCCUAGAGGCAAUUAUGGACUUCCCAGGGGCAGUGGUGUUGGAAUUCCCAUGGGUAGUGUUGAAACUCUCAGGAAUAAUGCUGGAACAUCCAGACGUAUUGUAGCUUAUCCACUUACUGAGCUCUCAAAGAUAGGUGAACACCGGGUAUAAAAACUGACACUUUACAAAGCAGUCCUGAUAUUUAAAGGAAUACACCAAGACACUAAACAUCAAAAUGGCAGUAUCAAAUAUUACAAUCUAAAAUAGGAAAUGAAAAAUCUAAAUUUGAAAUGUAUAAGUGAACAUACAAAUAUAUUUAUUAUGGAUGUCUUUUAUCAGAAUUUUUGGAACUAGAUUGGAGUCUACUUACUAGUUUAUUCUGAGUGACAACCCUUUAUUAACCUGUGGAAUAAUCUAGUUGGAGGGGAUGAGUUGUGGAGGAGUAAGACAUUUACUUCAUCAAGCCUAGAUUUCUAUUUAAUAAAGAGAUACAAUGUCUUUGUCUAUCACUAAACAAAGUAACAACUAAUCUCCAAAUGAUAUUGUACAUCUCAUAGUUACCAAAACGUCAGGUUUUCUUGGAUAUUUUGAUGAGCAAAUGAAAGUGAUCUCAUAGUUAUCAAGUUUUCUGGAUGAGUCCAGCUUAAUGUCCAAGAAAUUUAUUUACUAAAAGUUAGGGAACCAGAAAAUUCAGCAGAAGAUUUCUGAAUGCAAUGCUUUUCUGAGAUGUCUAGAUAGGACCUAUGAAGAAAGCCCACUAACAAGAGUAUUUAAACAUACAUAUUUAUUUCUUGUGACACAUAUCUGACAAAAUUGUAAAUAUUUACUGGAAGCCUUAAAAAUACAAGGAGACAAACUGUAGAACUGUAAAUAGAAUACAUGGUUGUGAUGUAAAUACUAUGGUAAGACAACACUAACAGCACCACAGGAUGCCUAAAAUAUUGCAUGCUAGAACAAUAUUUUUCUUUAAGAAAUUAAUUUUGUUUAUUUGUCCCAACUACUAAAUUAGUUUGACAUUAAAAUGCAGGAUAGAAGGGACAAUUAUUGAAAUAUUUUACUAAAUUACUGAAUAAGAUGCCUUUUUCAGAAAAAAAAAAAGAGGACCAAUUUUAAUUGUUCCAGAUGGUUAGUAUAGUAUUCAAAUCACACAACCGUAGUUAUCUAUAAAAUUGGGUUUUCAAAAACAUUUAUUUCACACAUCUCUGAAGAUAGACAAGGUAAUAAGGCUCACUCCAUAAACUACAUGGGAAUCUCAUUACUUUCUGUUCAUACAUAACAUAAAUUGUAUCCAAAGUUUUAGGGCAUAUGGGCCAGCACUCAAUUUGUAUAUUUAAAUUUUCAAAUUUCCUGAAUAAUGGUAGCUGUUGUUUUUACAAAACUAAGGGCAAUUUAAAUUAUGGGUACCACCUAACCCCGUAUUGUGUGCCUUACCACAUAGUGCAAGGGGUGGUAGUCUGUGUUAUGAGGGAAAACUCUUGCCUGUUCACAGGUUUUAUUUGGCAUUUGAGGAAGGAGGUAAAGAGGCUGGCUAGCCUCCCUCUUUCACUCUCUGCCGGUUCAGUUGGGUUACUGAACCACGGCCUUGGCCUCAGAAGGAAAGGAAAAGUAGUGAGAUUUCUUUCUCCUACUUCUUCCAGCCCAGAAACUGGAGUACAAUUUCAGACUGGAGUAACCUGAAUCUUGUAUGGGGUGGCCAAACCACAGAAGUAAUGGAAGCAUACAAGCUGCCAUACUUCAGUUACUGCCAACCCCUGACAGAAAAAAACAAACUGACAGUUCACCUUGUUUAACUGAUAGUUUACUCUAUAUGCUCUCUUGUAACACUGACUUUGUGAAACAGAACUAUUGCAUUUCGACCUUCAAAGGGAACCCACCUUGCAAGUGCAAAAAGAGUAAGGUGGAAAAUUUUGAGAUGAAGUACUAAGAACUAACAUUUACCAAACAGCAAGUGAAAAGAAAGACAGCAAACACAAUUAUAUUCAACUGUGUAUAACACUGAUACACAACUAAAGAUGGUGACUAAAACAAAGCAAAACACCACCAUACCACCAUCAAGAAUAAAAUAAAAAAUACCUGCUAUGUGAGUGUUAGUCUUCUUGCUUAUGACCCAUAUAAUUUUGGAUAUUGUGUUUAGUGUCUUAACAUUUAAAUAUAAAAAGUAUAUAUGUAAAAUGGCCAGCUGCUUCUUCUUUGUAAAAUUUUAAAAAUUGAAUAAAACUAAAUUAGGAUGGAUUAAGAAAAUAAUCAUCAAUCUUGUAAAGAAAGUUACUUGUAUUGGUUUUAUUCUGUUAAAUAUUGUUCAGAAAUAAGAAAUGCAAAAGUUUCAGUGGCACAUUGUUAUCUAUCUUCAAAGAUUGUGCCUUGUCUUAAGGUUGUAUAUAUCAAAUAAAUCAUAUAAAGUCAUUCAUUAAUCAUCAUAAUGCUACAGAAAAGAGAGUAAAAAGCAUGCAAUAUAUUGAAUAAGAAAACUUCACCACAAAUUUCACAAAAACUGGACUUGAAGUUUUCAGGGAAAAAAAGGUAAAAUUGCAAAUCUAAAUGCAUAGUGUUGAAGAAGGAAAAUGAUAAGCCAUUUCUAACCCUCUUGCACUUGCCAAAUGAGAGACAGAUUAAAUUUACAUAUAUAAUUCUAUAUUUUAAUAUAUCUCCUGUAAAAUAAGAACAAAAUUACUUGUUAAAAUCGAUGACGGCAUAAAAUGAGAGAAAGAACUCUAAAAUUUUCCUGCAUAUUAUAGUGUACAAGAAAGAACAGUUGAUUAAAAAAUAUAAUAUAUAGUUUAACAAUCUUAAUUAGCCAUAUAAUUUCCUCUCAAGUUUCUAGAAAAGUGUGAAGUGUGCUCUUCUCAGUGUGAGUAGGAGAUUAAUUUUUCUAACUUUACAGAUUUUUUUUACAUCCAAUCCCCUAAUUAGAGAAUUAUAUCAAAUUGAUUUUCAUUCUUAAACUGCAUAAUGUGCAUUCAGACAAGUUUAAAUGAUUUUUAAUUCACAAAUGUUACUUAGCAAUUCUGAUUUGAAAAAUCCCAAAGUUUCAUUUAUCUCUGCUUAAAUCUUUAAAAAUUAACCAAAUGAAAAGAUAUUUUAAACAGUUAAUAGGAUGGAGCAAAGAGAAAAUUAUCACAAAAACACCCCUCUAAGAAUGAACGAAUGUAUGGUAUUCAAAUCACAUAACUGUCACUUUCAUUUCAAUUAACAUGGUGUUAGAAAAAUAUUUUCAAAGCACUUAAUUGAAUUCAAAAUAUCUUUGAAGGAUUCUGAGUACAGAAACCAUUCAAUCAUAAUCGGUACCUUAGACCAAAGGGACUUCAACAGUUUCUAAAAUGUCUCUUUUUUAUAAAUCUUUGGAAUGAUCCAUUAUUAAAAGUUUUAAUAUCCUUAAUUUACUCUUUACUGGAUAGUAACAAUAAAUUUAAAAAUCAUAUAAAGUAAAACUGUUCAUUUUUAUAUUGAUUUGACCUUUUUUCAUUAUUUAAACUUGAAGUUUACCAAAGGUGAGACAUAGUAUAUAAGAAAAUUACUGCUGUCCAACUAACAAAGCACUGUGAUCACUUUGGGUGAAAAAAUGAGCUGCCUGAGAAAUAAAAUAACUUUUGUAUUAAGAACAAUCUAAGAAAACUGAAUUUCGACUAACAAUUAAAAAUCAUCUUGAAUUCUAAAUUGAAGCCAAAUUGUGUCCACAAUUAAAAAGUAAAAUGAAAACUUGAGGUUUUGUAUAUGUAGUGAAACUUUAUUUCAGAAAACCACAGUAUCAAGAGCCAUUAUAAUAUUAAAACAUGCAACUAUAGAAAAAAAAUUAACCAAAAGAAAUCCAUGCAAGGGAAUUGUUUUUGAUGAUUAAUAUAAUAGUAAAUGAAUGUACAAUGGUAUCUCUAGUUAAGAAUGAAGCAUAUAUAGACAGUAUGCAUUAUUUUUUCUAAACUCCAUUAACUAGUAAGACAACUUCAUUAAUUGCAUGUGAUAUUUCUAUCUAGUGAUUAUAUUUUAAGUGUCUUAAAAGUGAAAACUCAAAAUAUAGCAAAAUGCUUUUAAUAGGUCAUCAGGUGUAAAGUACAUGUGCCUUUUACAUAUUUCAAGAGUAGAGAUCCUCACUGAAGUGAGUGACAAUCUAGUAGAAAGUGAGAGAAAGAAAGAAGAGAAAAACAAAAAAUUAGAAUAAAACUGUAGCUUUUUAAGUAAUUGAUGUUUUCUUAAAAUAUUAUUUUAAAGGUAAUUUUUUUCUCUUUUGAAAGUUAUUUUUGUAUUAACAUGGACAAAUAAACCUUAAAAUAAUUCAACUUUAUCAUUUAUAUCUUUAAAUUUUAUACUACCUCCUAGUCCCCUAAUUCUCACUCCUUAUACCUGUUCCUCAUUCCAAACCUUAUUCAAGUCCAUUCUUCACCUUAUCCCAUCCCCCCUUUACCCCAUCCUUGACCUCUUCUCCAUACCCAUAAUACCUUAAUCCCACUUCAUCCCUCCCUUGCCCUUACUGGAUCCUACCUCAUUCUGGAUAUCUUAUCCUCUUAUCCUCAUCCCAAUCCCCACUUUUUUUCUUCCCAUCCCAUUCUAAAUUCACAUCCUAUCCCUGAUCUCCACCCCAUUAUGCACAGCACCCCAUUCACUAUCAUCAUCCUUUCCCUCAGCCUAUUCCUGAGCCCCAAUCCAAUCCUAACUCCACCUUUUGAUCUCACCCAUCCCAAGCUUCACCCCCAUCUUGGACCUCUCAGCUUCAUCCUAACACUAAUCUUAAACUCUCCUUCAAUCUUGAACGUCAGAGAAAAGGAUAGAAUAAAGACUAGUGUAAGGACCAUGAAUGAAUUAAAGAUGUUUAUUUCAUGCCUUUACUGAUUUAUUAAAAUAAAACCCCAAAGUUGGAUUUUUUUUUCCAGAUUAUGUCAAGAUAUCCCAAAUUAUGAUAUCAAAGCAGCUAAGUCAAAGUGCAAAGGUCUGAACACCAUGUACCCCCUAAAGUCAUCCUUAAUAGGGAAAAUAGACUAACUUAUGCAAGGCUUUCAAAGAUUAUAAAAACAUAUAAACGUCAUUUCAAACCCUUUUCUGUUUUGUUUUUAAAUUUUAAUUUUUAAAUGACUUCCAAAAGAUUUGAAUGGUUUUAUCUUCUUUCGUAUUAUUAUAAGAUACCUGCCACCUAAAGAAAUACUCACUUUAGGCUCUUCAAGUAAAUGAAAAGAUAUACAUCACCAAUUUCUUAAUAUUAAUUGUAAAAUAAGUUGAUGAAAAAAGAUAAAAUAUGCACUUUGUGAAUUUACCUAGAGUGUAUUUUUGCUAUUGAAAAGUAAUAUUUUGAAAGUUUAUUUUUAAAAUGGACACACCUCUAAUGAAUUUCAUUAUCUUAUACAACUAGUAUCCAUUUAGAAACCAAUUUCUCUAUUCUUAUACAUAAAUUAUAAUAAAAAGAUCAUCUUCAAAAUAAAAUUCACUUUAAAAAUGCAGAGACAUUCAAAACUAGUUAGUAUAUAAUACUAAACAGUGUUAGAACUAUCAACAAUUAAUAUUACCAAUUUGUUCCCCAGAGCCCAAGAAUCUUGAAGAUAUUAACUAAUUUUCAUAAUUCCUACAGAAGUACAUCUAGUCAUUUGAAAAUAAAUACACAUAAAUUUGGUAAUUUUAAAGUUGCAGAAUUAUAAUGACCAAAGUUUAUUCCUUAAAACUAUCAUUUCAGUACUGUGUAAUAAGAGUUAAUGCUAAUACAUGUGCAGUACUUGAAGAAAUUCAACAGUCUAUGAAGAAGAAAAAUUAAUUUUAAGAAAAAGUAUUAUUGAUUUUAAAAUACCCUUUAUUGUCAAAAUUUGGUAAUAACACCUCCAUACAUUACACCUUCUCAAAACUUUAACCCAUCAAGCUCUCAAACCAAGUGUUUCAGUUUGUUGUGACUAUGUCCAGUACAUUCAAGUAGGUAACUUCAUAUUUCUCUUUUGCUAUAUUUAUCACCAGUGAUUAGAGAACAACUCUGUCUUAACUUGGGGGGAAAAACAGCUCCAACAAAAUCAGUGAGAGCUGGUGCAAUGCUAAUGAUUUUAGCAUUCAUUAUGAAUUAAAAUUUUCCACCUUUUGAAAAUGAAGCACUUGACUUGGUUUUAUUUUCAAAGAAAGGGAAGACAGUAAAGUACACUGGUAUCAUGAAAUAUUUUCCAUUUUACACUAAUGCUGUAUCACAUUUUUCAAAAUGUAUAUUGUCAUUAACUGCUGACCAUUGUUGAAUUCUAUCUCAUUUAUUAAGUAUUUAUUGUGAUAUGUUCAAAUAGUGUACCGUUAAAGGUGAUAUUUUAACAUAUAUGUGACAUGUGUAUCUUGGCCUGUAUUGUAUCUUUAAAAAAGUGUGGUGUAGGUUGAUAUGAUGCAUUUAUUUAUUCAGGGGUUGAAUUAUCACAGCACUAGACUUUAGAACUGCUGGUGCUCCGUAUUUGAGAUUAUCCUAAGCUUGCAAAGCUCUCAACAAAUAUUUUAAUAUCUUACUAAUUUAAGAUUCUAAUAAAGAAUAUUACAGAGGGGCUAUGAUCAUUAAAAAACUAAACCACCAAAUUAAUCUUAUUUCUGGAGCAAAAUGCAUCAGACAUUCAGUAGGACUUUUUUCAAAAACAGACAAAACCAAAAUUAUUUUUGUACUUGCUGAUUCAGCUGCUGUUUCUAGUCCAUGGUCUUUUGUCCAUGAGUAGUGCCAAUGUAGACAUUUUCAUUUUUGGAUCUUUCUCUGUGAGUGUAUAUGUGUAGGUUUGCGUGUGCAAACAAGUGUGACAGAGAAACGAGGACAUUUUGGGGAAAAUGUGUAAAUCAUUAUUUGCAUUUAGGUUUAAUCAUUGGCAGUUUUGACACCACAAUGCACAUUUUCUUAACCACUCUAAAAUUAUUAUUUUAUAUUUUUCUAGAAAAUAAUUAUCCCAAAAUUGACUAUUCAACCUCUAAUACCACUUCAUCUACAUCCAUAAUAUAAAUUUGUGGUUCUUAAUCUUUGACCUGAUUAAGUUGGCAAGCCAGGGAAUAGAUAUUUCAAAUGUUGACUUUGGUGUCCUAAUGAAUUCUGAAUAAAAGUAGAAGGUACAGCUAACCUCCAGACUUAUAUAUUGAAAAUUGCGAUGGGUUCUAUGUGUUUCACGUGUUUCGUUUAUACACAAAAUCUCAUGAAAAGUUCAAUUUUUCUUUUUUCAGAAAGUGAACUCCUCACUCAAAUACAAACUUGAUUAGAAACCUUUUAAAUUAGAACACUAAAAAUGUUUGAUGCUACAGAAAUAGAAAUUAAUUACUUCCCUCUUGUAUCUUUAAAACUAAAUUUCAACUCCUGAAUAAUAUUGCUUCUCCUAAAUUUUUCAAUUUUGUAUUUGUACCAUGUUGAGACUUAUACUCUAGUAACAUUAUGUAAACUUGGUGUUGUUUCUCUUCAAGUGAAUUGUGAUACUAAUUGUAAUUGAUGCCAUUUUUCCUAUCAUAUUUCUGCCAGAUUACCUUAUUAAUAUUUGUGUCUAGUAAAACUUGAUGGUAAAAGUCACUGUUAUCCUCAUUAGGCAUAUAUUUUCCGAUACAUUACAUUGAUGUGUAAGGUGCACUGCAAAAAUGUUAAAUUUUUGUUUCUAACACGUCAAUUUGCAAAAAAUAUACAUAUUUGGCACAAUAGUGAAAGGAACCUAUUUCUUUCUGAAUCCAAAUUUGUCUUCUGCUUUACAAACUUCAUUUGUAAAUUAAGAUUUCAAUAAAUGGUGUCAUCUGCA